UUCUUCUUCUUCUCUCUCUCUCUUUCUCUCUCUCUCUCUCGUUUUCUCUUGACAAAAUCAUAUCCAUCUUCUCCGUCUCUCUGUGUACUCUUCACAUCUUCUGGUGUCAUCAUAUAUAAACCUUCCUCUCUCUCUCUCUCUCUCUCUCUCUCUCUCUCUCUGUCUCUGCGUAACUAUGAACUCCAUAUGACAGUAAUCACCUUCAUCAUCAUUCUCCUCACUUCAUCACCUGCACUUCUCAUAUCAUAGCAGCUAUCAUGUCCUUCCCAAGCAACCACCUCUCCCACGACGACCUCUCCUCCCACCUCCACCACCACCACCACCACAAUCAGUUCCCCCACCAACCGCCGCCGCCGCCGCCGCCACCUGCCCACGAACCCUCCCCCACCACCGGCGCCUCCUCCGCCCCGAACUGGCUCAACGCCGCUCUCCUCCACAACCCCACCGCGAACUUCCUCGACCUCCACACCUCCUCUACCCACUCCUCCGCUUCCGGCGUCAUGACCGGCGUCAUCGCGCCUCCCCACGACCCGGCGGAAGCGGGUAGGCGCGAGGACGACGGGGUCGCUGCAUUGGAGGACUGGCGCGAGGCCAAGCACAAGGCCGAGAUUCUGGCCCACCCUCUGUACGAGCAGCUCCUGUCGGCUCACGUGGCCUGCCUCCGGAUAGCGACGCCGGUCGACCAGCUUCCCAGGAUCGACUUGCAGCUCGCCCAGUCCGCUCAGGUCGUGGCUAAGUACUCGGCUCUCGGCGGUGCUGCCGGCCACGACGGGGUUGGGGACGACAAGGAGCUUGACCAAUUCAUGACACAUUACGUCCUCUUGCUCUGUUCUUUUAGAGAGCAGUUACAGCAACAUGUCCGUGUCCACGCCAUGGAAGCAGUAAUGGCUUGCUGGGAGAUUGAGCAGUCCCUGCAGAGCUUAACAGGAGUUUCACCCGGUCAAGGAAUUGGUGUGACGAUGUCCGAUGAUGAAGAUGACCCAAUAGAUAGCGAUGCAAACCUGUUUGAUGGAAGUUUUGAUGGUCCAGAUAGCAUGGGAUUUGGCCCUCUCAUUCCAACGGAGACAGAACGAUCGUUAAUGGAACGCGUGAGGCAAGAAUUGAAGCACGAGUUGAAACAGGGGUACAAGGAGAAAAUUGUCGAUAUUAGAGAGGAAAUUUUGCGCAAGAGGAGAGCGGGAAAGCUUCCAGGGGAUACUACAUCAGUCCUAAAAGCCUGGUGGCAGUCGCACGCUAAGUGGCCAUAUCCUACGGAGGAAGACAAGGUGAAGCUGGUGCAGGAAACCGGUUUGCAAUUGAAGCAGAUAAAUAAUUGGUUCAUCAACCAGAGGAAAAGAAACUGGCACAGCAACCCUUCAUCGUCGUCUGUCUCAAAGAGCAAACGCAAAAGGUGAAAGCAGCAGCUAUUGAUCCCUUGAUGCAGAUUUGAGCAAGAGCAACGAUCAAGUUCUGACAGACAAUAUUCAGUGCUUCACUAGAAUGGGUACUUAAAGAGUUAAUACAAGGAACAUUGGCCAGUGGCCUCAUACAGAGCUUCAUCAAACAGGAACAUUCGGAAGAUGACUUUGAUUCUAGGUAAAUUAAAAUAUGUUAGCGAAGAGGACGGCUCUCGCCUUGUGACAGGAAUUCUGAAGGCACUCAACUGACCACUGAUGCGAUUGUGAUCAUUGAGGGGGUACUGAGCUAGGAAAUUACACAUUUAGAACUAGAAGUAAUUUCGGAUGGUUUCAUUGUCUCUAUUGAUCGUCUAUUUUACUGUUUUGUGAAUAUAUAGGCGUAGUUAGGUAUUUGUGUACAGUCGGUAUAAUGAUCUCUGCAUAGUUCAUCUCCAUUCUGCAUGCUGAUUACGUUUAUAGCUUUUCUUCGCUCCCCAAUGUAGUGUAGAUUUACAGUAAGAGUAACAUACAGUUGUGCUCUGUUAGAUUACUGGGUUUGUAUUAUUACUGGGGAUAAUGAGUGAGUAUGGUUAUGGACACGAUCAUUUGUCUGAAAAACUAUAUGGUAUAACAACCCUCAAAGAUCGUCUGGUUCUCA